AUGGAGAUCGGAGCUGAAGCUACACACACAAAAAACGACUGCGGAGGUUUUAAGGCCAGGUGCUCAAAGAUUUACACCAUCAUGUCAUCAAAAAAAAGAAAACCGCCUAAGGACGAUGCUCUGGAGCACGCUGCCAAAGGGAUGGACAAAACAAAUAUAUUGGAGGUUAAAUACAUUAAUUGUAUUAAAGGAAGAGGAAUAUUUGCAAAGAAAAAAGUACAACAAGGAGACUUCGUGGUGGAGUACAAAGGGGAGCUGAUUGACUCGGCGGAGGAGGAAAGACGCCGUAGAGUAUAUUCGCCAAGAUGUUCAGUCUUCAUGUAUAAUUUUCAGUGGCAUGAGAAGACAUGGUGCAUUGAUGCAUCACGAGAAGACCAAAGCUUUGGAAGAUUGGUCAAUGAUAACGUCCGCCCUAACUGCAAAAUGAAGAAACUUAUUCAUGAUGGCAAACCUCAUCUGUCUGAAGCUGAUUGCCACGACUCUCCUAUUGCGAGCCAGGAUGCAGACAAAGCCCAGCCUGACCUCAGCUUACCUGAAUUGGGCAGGUCUGAAGCUGAUUGCCACGACUCUCCUAUUGCGAGCCAGGAUGCAGACAAAGCCCAGCCUGACCUCAGCUUACCUGAAUUGGGCAGGUCUGAAGCUGAUUGCCACGACUCUCCUAUUGCGAGCCAGGGUAGUGAGUUUACAGCUUCUCGAACCCAGCAGGAACAUGUGAUGCCUCCAAUGCUACGAAGGACCAAAAGCAUUCAGUGGGGGAGCCAAACUGAGUAUGAUUCAGAAGAAUUGUGUGGCUUUACUUCAGACGAAAGCAAAAGCCUUGAUGACAUCAAUAUUGAGCCUGAAGACACCGUCGAGGCAGACAGCGGUGAGGACGAAAGCGACACUGAAGCUUUAGAUGACUCUGUGUCACAAGAAAGUGUAAUCUUAAGUCAGACUGAAGAGGAGACUGCAGAACCCAAUGAGAACUUUGAGAUUGGAACAAUGAAGCCUGAUGCAACAGCACCAGAAGCUCAAAGUCAGCCAUUGAAACAAACAGAAUCUAAAACCCGCCCACCAGUCAAAAGAGAAAAGUGGAAAGAAGAAGAGGUGCUGAAUCUUUUCCUGGCCUUGCUGCUCAGCUCGUUCAGCUCAGAUAACCUCUCUGCGCCAGAUGAAGAUGGAGACUUGAACAACAUCCAAUUGGCCAUCGCUCGCAUUCACAGCGGCGUCUCCUGGCUCUUCAGGAGUCUGCUGAAUCUUUGCAAUCGCAGAUUAAAGAGCUCAAAAUCAAACGAAACCUGCCCAGGCAACAAACUGGUUGGGAAUCACUUGGAUUGUAACGGGGGAGUCGUGAGUCGGUUUGGAGGGAAGUACGUAAUCACGGAGGAGGACAGUUACAUGACCAACCCUAACCUGACCAUCGUAGUUCCCAUCGCCCCCGGAGAGUCUGACGUGGAGCUGGAGGAAGAGGACCUCACCGAAUCCUCUGAGGAUGAAGAAAAUCAGCCAGAAAAGAUAAGCCUGUCUGAAGGUAGCACAGUGGAUCUGAGGAAACCAGGAGAAGAACAGGACAACCUCUCAGAGCUCGGAGAGGACAGCAUGGACCCAGAAGAGUGUUUUCCUGAAGUGUGUGUUCGUCACUGUGAAUGCUGUCGGGUUGACAUUACCCAAGGCCUGGGUCAGAUGUGGUGGCGGCUGAGGAAAACCUGUUAUCAAAUAGUGGAGCACAGCUGGUUUGAGACAUUUAUCAUCUUCAUGAUUCUGUUGAGCAGCGGGGCCUUGGCGUUUGAAGACAUCUACAUCGAGCAGAGAAAGGUCAUAAAGGUGGUGCUGGAAUAUGCAGACAAGAUUUUCUCCUACAUCUUUGUCCUGGAAAUGUUCCUCAAGUGGACUGCAUACGGCUUUAAGAAAUACUUCACCAACUACUGGUGCUGGCUGGACUUUCUCAUUGUGGAUAUUGCCACUGACCGCUCUAUUGUUAGGGUGUCGCUGAUAAGCCUUGUGGCCAAUUCACUCGGAUACUCAGACUUUGCAGCCAUCAAGUCUCUGAGAACUCUUCGGGCUUUGAGACCUCUGAGAGCACUUUCCCGAUUUGAGGGAAUGAGAGUGGUUGUGAACGCUCUCAUUGGUGCCAUCCCCUCCAUCAUGAACGUGCUGCUGGUGUGUCUCAUCUUCUGGCUCAUCUUCAGCAUCAUGGGAGUGAACCUGUUCGCUGGGAAGUUUGGCAAAUGUGUGAACAGAACCGGCUUCAUCCACAGUGUUGCUUUGAUCAAUAAUAAGUCACAGUGCAUCUCCUUGAACGACACUCAGUUUUACUGGACCAAAGUCAAAGUGAACUUCGACAAUGUGGGGCUUGGAUAUCUAUCACUUCUACAAGUGGCUACAUUCAAAGGCUGGAUGGAAAUUAUGUAUGCAGCUGUUGACUCCAGAGGAGUGGAGGAGCAGCCAGUCAGAGAGAUCAACCUCUACAUGUACUUGUACUUUGUAGUGUUCAUUGUAUUUGGCUCCUUCUUCACCCUCAAUCUCUUCAUUGGUGUCAUUAUUGACAACUUCAAUCAACAGAAACGAAAGAUAAGCGGACAGGAUAUUUUUAUGACCGAAGAACAGAAAAAAUACUAUAAUGCAAUGAAGAAACUGGGAUCAAAAAAGCCACAAAAACCGAUUCCAAGACCUGCGAACGUUGUCCAGGGCUUCUUUUUUGACCUGGUGUCCAAACAAGCCUUCGACAUAAUGAUCAUGAUGCUGAUUAUUAUGAACAUGGUGACAAUGAUGGUGGAGACAGACGAGCAGUCGGAGCGCACUGAGUACAUCCUCAACCACGUCAACCUCGUCUUCAUCGUCAUCUUCACCUCUGAAUGCCUCCUCAAGAUCUUUGCUCUCCGAUGUUACUUUUUCACUGUGGCAUGGAACAUCUUUGACUUUGUGGUCAUUAUUCUCUCUAUUGUUGGUAUUGUUCUGGCUGACAUUAUUGAGAAAUACUUUGUCUCUCCAACAUUGUUUCGCGUCAUCAGACUGGCCCGGAUUGGACGCGUUCUCCGCCUCAUACGCGCAGCCAAAGGGAUAAGGACUUUACUAUUUGCCUUAAUGAUGUCUAUGCCUGCACUUUUCAACAUUGGCCUCCUGCUGUUCCUCGUUAUGUUUAUUUAUGCAAUUUUUGGAAUGGCGAACUUUGCAUAUGUGAAAAAACAAGAUGGCAUUGAUGACAUGUUCAAUUUUGAAACUUUUGGAAAUAGUAUGAUCUGCCUGUUCCAGAUCAGUACCUCUGCAGGCUGGGACAAUCUACUCAGCCCCAUAUUAGCCAACUUACCUGAUGAGUGUGAUGUGAAUUAUGUGAACACUGGCACCAACACAAAGGGGAACUGCGGGAGUCCAUCGGUGGGCAUUGCUUUCUUUGUCAGCUACAUCAUCAUUUCUUUUCUUAUAGUAGUCAACAUGUACAUAGCCAUUAUUUUAGAAAACUUCAGUGUUGCGACAGAGGAGAGCACAGAGCCGCUCAGUGAAGAUGACUUUGAGAUGUUUUAUGAGGUUUGGGAGAAGUUUGAUUCUGAAGCAUCACAAUUCAUAGAGUUUUCAAAGUUGUCACACUUUGCAGACAGCUUAUCAGAACCACUGCGCAUUGCUAAGCCCAACAGGAUCAAACUAAUAGCUAUGGACCUCCCCAUGGUCAGUGGUGACCGCAUUCACUGCUUGGACAUAUUGUUUGCUUUCACAAAACGCGUCCUGGGGGAGUCUGGUGAAAUGGAUGCUCUUAAACAGCAGAUGGAAGAGAAAUUCAUGACAACGAACCCCUCCAAAAUUUCUCAUGAACCAAUUACUUCAACUUUGCAGCGCAAGAUGGAGGAGGUUUCUGCUAUUGUCAUCCAAAGAAGUUACAGGAGACAUUUAGUGCAAAGGCAGAUGAAGCAGGCAUCCUACCUCUACAGACAAAUCAACUAUGAAACUGUGGUAGACCUAGAGAACGCCCCAGAGACACAGGGACUCAUUGCCUCCAUGAUCCAUCACUACGGGCCUGUCCCAUUAGAGGAUAUAGAACCGCAGGAGACGACCAUGUCAUCCCCACCCUCCUACAACAGUGUGACCAGAGCGGACUCUCAAACUGAGCUUCACACCGGCUAUGAGGAAACUUUUCUCUAA